AUGGUUACAGUUCUAAAAAUUUCUAUUUUUUUAUUUGCAUUUGCGGUAUCAAUAAUUGGUAAUUUAAGCAUUAGUUAUAUUGUUAUCCGCACUAGACGAUUAUGGACCUAUACUAACAUAAUGAUGGUCAAUUACAGCGCUGUUACAAUUUUAUCUGUAAUAUCGACACUACUUCAAUUUAUUUCUGACUUUUCCUAUAAUAGUACUUGGCCAUUUGGAGAAUUUUUAUGUAAAAUUACGCAUUCCACCUUUAUUGUAGCGGUUAUUGUAUCAGCAUUUAGCAUCAUCUUAAUGUGUUACGCUCGAUUUUGUGCAUUUUGUACUCCUUUGCAAGCCCAACCAAAUAGAAGGCAAGCCGUGUAUUGCAUAAUUGUGAUAUGGAUAACAGGUAUAUCCUACAUGCUUCCUUACACUAUU